AAUGGCUUUACGCCACUCUACAUGGCAGCUCAAGAGAACCACUUGGAGGUGGUGACUCUCCUACUGGCCAAUGGAGCGAAUCCCAGCAUCACCACGGUGGACGGUUUUACACCACUGGCUGUAGCCCUUCAACAAGGUCAUGAACGCACUGUGGCAGUCCUUCUCGAAUCUGAUGCACGUGGCAAGGUCUGUCUACCUGCCCUUCACAUCGCUGCGAAAAAGGACGACGUCAAGGCGGCUAGUCUCCUCCUCAAUGGGGAUGUCAAUGUGGACCACCAAUCAGCGGUGAGUUUAAUUCUUGCGGGUGGUGGUGUCUCCUCCCAUCUGAUUGGUCACUUUGGUGUGCAACCAAUGUGGUGA